CGAAAAAGGAAGUGUGUUUACUGUUUCGACUUCCCCCAAUGAUUCGGUCUUCAAGAGGAUGUGAUAUGUAUUAAGAAAACAGAGAGGAGAGAGGGAGCAGCCCUUGCUUGUACUGUAGGUGCUUUCUUAUUCUGUUCAGUGUUCCUUCUUGUGUCAAAGAUGCAGGCUGUUAGUGGUGGACAAUCACUUUGGAUAUACACUCUGCUUUUUACUUUUCUUCAACUUUGGGGAAGACUUUCAGCUUCCACUUCCUCUCCUCGUCUUCCGGCACCUACUCUUGACAUCUAUUCCAGGUCAAAGGGUUCGGUGGUUCUGGUCUGCCGGGCCCCAGAUGGUCACCGAGGGGUUAAGUUUAUGUUGUUCCGAAUAUCAGAAGAGGUGGACUCUCAGGACCUGGAGUUUGGUACUGAGGAGGUUCAUUUCACUGUGAAGGAAAAUAAUUCAGUGCAACUCUUCUGCUGUAUCUACAAGGAACAGGAAAGCCCUUUCAGUGCCUUCAGUCCCUAUUUACAGCUGGAGAAGACAAGAGAUAAACCCUCCCCUCGGUCCAUUCCCUCUCCAGUCUUGUCUGUGAAUCCCUCAACUGGUCAGGUGAAACAUGGGGACAUGCUAUCCUUCAGCUGCUCUGUCCCUGUUCAGCCCCAGUCUCAGUCCCAGGUUAGCCUUGGCAAACGACCCAUAACCUUCCUUCUGCUGAGGGCAACUAAGCAAACGGGGGUGAUAUAUGUAACCAACCAGCCUCAAGCCAGUCUGGUAUCAAACCCUGACCCCCAGCCAGGAGUUUUCACCGUGGGGCCAGUGAUGGGUGGAGAGGAGGGGGAGUACACCUGCCUUUACCAGGUCACCAUAAGAAGGGAAUUGGUUAAUUCUACUGUCAGCAACACGGUUCCAAUCUCUAUUACAGGUGCACUGCCAAUUCCCACCCUCGUCCUCGAGCAGCAGGGGGCUGUGUGGCAUUUGCUCUGCACAGGCUCUGCUGCGUACCCCGGUGCUGUGUUCUCCCUCUACCUGGCUGAUAAUGAAUUUCCUAUCGACACUCACCAAGCCACCUUGAUACACCAUCAGGCCACCUUCCCAGUGCCGGUCCAGGAAACUCCAGUGGCUUUCUACCAGUGUCAGUACAAUGUCCUCCUGGCGGGGAAAUGGAGCAACUCUGAACGCAGCCUCCCUUUAGCUGUAACCAGAGGAAUUCCUCCUCUAUCAUCAACAGAUUUUUCCGCUGUGGAUUGGCCUCUCGUACUGGGCUCUUUCUCUGCUGUGGUCUUGUUCCUCUGCUCUGUGGUACUCGUGGUUGUGGUGGCACGCCGGAAAAUCAAAGCAGCUGCCGAAGAAAAGAAGAAAAGACAGGCAGCACAGUUCUGGACUCAAGUUCAUUCAAAGGAUCAUGUUGUAGAUCUUACACUCAGGCGCACAAGCUUCACUCAGGAAUGGGCCAGUGUGGACACACCUACAGAGACGGCCUCCAGAGCCCCUUUAUGGACCUCAAUCUCCACAUUCACAACCCCGCUCCAUCCCAUCCAUUAGAAAUGUUUUCUUUUCAAGGUUUUCAAGGUUUUAUUGGUCAUAUGCACAGCAUAUACAACGUAUAUAUUUGCUCUCCCUUAAUCUCUCUCUUUCUCUCUGUCUGUUUAUACUUUAUCGAGUUUAUCAAUGUAGCGUCAGCUGGAGCAACACAGCAGGACAGGAAGGGCUAUUUCCCCACUUCCUAUUUCAUGUUCAAUAGUUAAAUGUACAAUUUUACAGGAUAUGAUGUUUGUUUGAUCUUACAUGUUACUGAGCCAGUGAAUCUAAAUAAAGAUGUUAUUAUUAUUUUUCAAGACAUCUGUUCCAUGUUGUGAAUAACUUACCUUAAGGAUACCUUCAAAGUGUUUCCUUGACCUUGAGAAAAGCAAAUGUGAAAACAAUCCUACCACAAGCUACUUUAGUAACAGCUACGAAAUGGAUCGUUACCAUUAUCAUUCAUUUUGUUGUUUUAUUUACAGUUUUGUAAUUGACAACAGCUGUGAUAUUUAAUAUGUAAAAAUGAAAACAUAGUUCUUUUAACACACAUCUAUUUAUGUAAUGUAUGUAACCCAGUGCCUGUUUGAUCACACUGAAUAGAUAAUAAAAUCUGAAGAUCUA